GGCGCGCCAGGGCCACACGCAAGGGACACACGGAGCGGCCCCGGUGUUCCGCAGUUGUGUGUUUGGACGGGGCAUCCGGUGCAGCUGUGGAGCGUGGAUGAUGAAGACGGUGGUGAUGAUGAUGACGGUGAUGAAUGGCCCGGCAGCUCGAACAGGCACUGGGGUCCCGCCGUCAUUAUUUUUACUGCUGUGCGCUCUAGUCUUUCUCCCGUCGUGCGUUCACUCGCACCCGCAGCCGUGCCAGGUGCUGAAACGGAUCGGACACACGGUUCGAAUCGGGGCUCUGCACGUGCAGCCCCGCUUGCUCUCCACCACAACUACCGGUAGCUCUAAAGACUGGGACGCGGAUAGAGGCUGGAUUGGAAGUGAGGAGUUGGAAAAGCAGGUAAAAACAAGUUCUGGUGCACCUGGAUACGGAAGCCUCAGGACUAGAGGCACCGUUAAUGCCCAGAGGGGGGCCAGCAGGAGUAAGAGCCAGGCAAGGCAGCGUGAGGAGAACACCUCGAGGGAAAACCGCGUGUUCGCACCCCGAGACUCGGUCCUGCUCGCGGUGGAGGCUCUCAACCGGGCCGGAUUGCUGCCAUACAAUUUAUCCAUGGAGGUCGUCAUGGCCGUUGGGUCCGGUUUGGGGGAGCUUCCCGCGUUCUCCUCCUCCUCUGCGGGCAGCCCCGAGGGCGACGACCCGCUGUCUUUCUUGGAGAGCGUUUGCCACACCGUCAUCGUGCAGGGGGUUUCCGCCAUGGUCUCCUUUCCACGGAACCUGGACGAGUUCGUAAAGUUGGAAUUCAUCUCGCUCGCGCUCCAGGUGCCAGUAGUCAGCGUUGUGCAGAAGGAGUUUACGCGCCAAAGUGAGAAUCCUCUCCAUUUCCAACUGGCGAUGCGGACCGUUGAGGCCCCACCGUCCCGUCUCCUCUCUACCCUUCUGAUGAUGAAUGGCUGGUGGGACAUCAGUAUUCUGCUCUGUCAGGAAUGGGACAUAAGCGAUUUCCUCGUCCUCGUCAAAAACAACACCCGCUUUCACCUGGGCACUCUAGUCAACCUGACAAGUACCGCUUCAACGUCUUCACCACCGCACUCAGGAUUGCAGCAGGCUCUCAUGCGGCAGCUGGAGGCCCUGAGAGAACCUUCGUCCACCAGGGGAGUGGUGACGUUUGGGUGCGAGAUCCGCGAGGUGCGGCGCCUGUGGACGCUGGCCAGCCGGAUGACGCUCCCAGAGUUUCACUGGGUUUUGGGGGACAGCCAGAAUGUGGCCGAGCUGAGAACAGAGGGGUUGCCUCUGGGGCUACUAGCACACGGCAUCAUGGGAUCCCCCUCUCUUGAUCACUAUGUGCAGGACUCGGUGGAGCUGGUCGCGCGGGCCGUGGGCAGUGCGGCCAAAGAGAACCCUGCCCUGGCACUCAUACCUGGAACUACUAACUGUAUGGAUGUAAUGCAGACUAACAGCAGUUCGGGGGAAUACUUGUCAAGGUAA